AUGACAAUGGAGUCCGAACCUCCGGCAGAUGAUACAGCAACAGUGGCGGGUCUCCUCCCACUGGUUUCCAUCUCUCAACAGCCUUACGUCUCGGAACUCCUUUCCUUCACUCUUGAUCGCCUUCACAAGGAACCAGAGCUUUUGCGGGUCGAUGCGGAGAGAAUUCGGAGGCAGAUGCAAGAGGUGGCGGUGGGAAACUACCGGGCAUUCAUUUCGGCAUCCGAUGCGUUACUUGCGGUCGGGGAUGAAGUUUCUUCUAUCGAUAAACACCUUGAAUCUCUGAUAGCUGAAAUCCCGAAGGUAACAUCUGGCUGCACCGAGUUUGUUGGCUCUGCAGAACAGAUUUUGGAGAAGAGAAAGAUGAACCAAACCUUGCUAGCCAAUCAUAGUACUUUGCUUGACUUGCUUGAAAUUCCUCAACUCAUGGACACAUGUGUGAGGAAUGGAAAUUACGAUGAAGCUCUUGACUUAGAAGCAUUUGUUUCCAAACUUUUAACAAUGCACCCAAAAUUACCUGUUAUUCAAGCACUCGCAGCAGAAACUCGGCAGACCACCCAGUCUCUUCUUUCUCAGCUUCUCCAGAAACUCAGAUCAAACAUUCAGUUGCCAGAAUGCCUCCGCAUUAUUGGAUAUCUACGUCGAAUAGGCGUAUUCAGCGAAUAUGAAAUGCGUCUUCAGUUUCUAAGAUGCCGAGAGGCAUGGCUUACUGGGAUUCUUGAUGAUUUAGACCAGAGAAAUGCAUAUGAAUACUUAAAAGGAAUGGUAAACUGUCAGAGGGCACAUCUUUUUGAUGUUGUUAACCAAUACCGAGCCAUAUUCGCUGAUGAUACAUCAGGAAGUGAAGAAAACUAUGAUGGUGGGCUUCUGUUCAGCUGGGCCAUGCAUCAAAUUGCCUCUCACCUUAAAACUCUCAAAGUCAUGCUCCCCAAGAUAUCUGAAGGCGGGUCUUUGUCGAAUAUCCUGGAUCAGUGCAUGUAUUGUGCUAUGGGGCUUGGUUGGGUUGGAUUGGACUUCAGGGGCUUGCUUCCCCCACUUUUUGAAGAAGCGGUCCUUAAUUUAUUCUCAAAGAAUAUGAGCACAGCUGUUGGGAAUUUCCAGUUAGUCUUGGAUUCUCAUCGCUGGGUCCCGUUACCAGCAGUUGGCUUUCCGGCCCAUAGUUUAGGUGAAGAAACUAAGGAAGAUGUUACUCCUCCGUCACAUUUAAUGGAGCAUCCACCUCUUGCUGUAUUUGUUAAUGGUGUAUCUGCAGCAAUGAAUGAAUUACGUCCCUGUGCCCCAUUUAGUUUGAAGCAUAUGCUUGCUCAAGAAUUAGUUAAGGGAUUGCACGCUGUUUCGGAUUCUUUAUUGAGAUACAACACUACUCGGAUGCUCAGAGCGAAUGAGUCUGUACUUUUUGUUUCGCUUUGCCGAGCUUUCAUUGAGGUGGCUUUCCCACAUUGUGCUACAUGCUUUGGUCGUUGUUACCCUGGUGGAGCUGCUCUUAUAAUGGAUGCCAAAAAUUUAUUUGAUGGAAUUGGCCGCCUUCUAGCAACCUCCCGUUCUAGGGAACUGCCAAAACCAGUCAAAAAUGCAGCCGAAAAGAGCAUAACAGAGAAUGGCGAUUCACCUGUGGUGGAAGAUGGAGUAAUGCCUAGUGUUGAACAAACAGAUAGUUCCAAUGUGCAGGAAAAGGAGGGCAAUAUCACUUUUCAGGCUGAGGAAAAGCCCCGUGAUGCGUGA